CAAAUCACUUCUUAUCCCUUUUAUUGCUAGUGACAACCUCCUGGUUUUUCUCAUUUCAAGUAACAGACAGGCUUGGCCAGCAUGGUUACUUUCCAGUUUUCUACUUAUGCUCUGUUUCUGACUGGAAUUGUGCUUCAGACCUCUGCCUUAGAUACCUACAUAGCUGCUGUCUAUGAGCAUGCUGUUAUACUCUCAGGAGAUACCCCAGAACUUGUCACUCCAGAAGAUGCCUUGAAGCUAAUGAACAAAAAUUUAGACAUCUUAGAAGAAGCCAUCAAAACAGCUGCUGAGCAAGGAGCCCAAAUCAUUGUGACACCUGAAGAUGGCAUUUAUGGCUGGGUCUUCACACGAGACACAAUUUAUCCUUAUCUUGAGGAUAUACCAAAUCCUCAAGUCAACUGGAUUCCAUGCAUCGAGCCUGAAAGAUAUGGAUCAACCCCAGUACAGGAGAGACUCAGCUGUAUGGCAAGAAACUACUCCAUCUUUGUGGUUGCUAACAUGGGAGACAAAAAAACAUGUAACUCUAGUGAUCCCCAAUGCCCCAGUGAUGGUCGUUAUCAAUACAACACAAAUGUUGUUUAUGAUUCAGACGGAAAAUUUGUGGCACGUUAUCACAAGUACAACCUUUUUGCAUCUGAAGUCUACUUUAAUUAUGCGAAGGAUCCACAGUUUGUUAACUUUGACACUCCCUUUGGGAAGCUUGGUGUUUUCACUUGCGCUGACAUGCUUAAUUUUCAUGAACCUGCUGUAUCGCUUGUGGAAAAGUUCAACGUGGACACUGUCCUCUUCCCUACUGCUUGGAUGAACACUCUUCCACUUCUGUCUGCUGUUCAGUACUACUCAGCCUGGGCUAUGGGAAUGCGUGUCAACCUCCUGGCAGCUAAUAUUCACAAGCCUCAAUUUGAUAUUACUGGGAGUGGUAUCUUUGCACCUGACGGCCCCAAAGUGUAUCAUUUCGACAUGGAAACACAGAAUGGCAAACUCCUGCUUGCCCAACUUGAUAUACACCCCCGCCUUUCACCCACAUACCCUCCUCCUGUUAAUUGGAGUUUAUACGCUUCAAGUGUUAAGCACUUCGUACCAGAGACCCAGGUGUUCACUGGAAGCAUCUAUUUUGAUAAUUUCACUUUUGCUGAACUAUCCCAACAAGCAGGAAACUAUACCGUCUGCCACAAGGGCCUCUGCUGUCACUUGAGCUACAAAAUGACAGAAAAACGAGAGGAUGAAAUUUAUGCAGUGGGUGCGUUUGAUGGGCUGCAUGUGAUUGAAGGAGAAUAUUAUUUGCAGAUAUGUACACUUCUGAAGUGUAAUAGCACAGACGUGAAAUCAUGUGGGCAGCGAGUAGAUAUGGCCCAUACAAGAUUUGACUCCUUUUCCCUCAGUGGCACAUUUAACACUAGUUACGUUUUUCCAGAAGUCUUGCUCACUGAGACUCAACUGGCCCCAGGAGAAUUUAAGGUAUUGACUGAUGGGCGUCUCAUUAGUAACAAGAAAAUAUCAAAGCCACUCUUAUCUGUGGCUCUUUUUGGAAGAUGGUAUGAAAAAGACUCUCCGCAUCCACUGUACACAUCAUAAUGAGAUUGUCCUUUGUUACUUUGCUUCUUUUUUUACCCAAUCAGAACUCUCUCACCCAAUCCAUAUAGUUAUGUCUCUCUUCCUGCAUUUUGGGAGAUAGUAGCUGCAGAGCAAAGUCUGAAAUUAACAGCAUCAAUACUGAAUGUUUGACUGGAGGACAAAGCGGACUGAUUGUUUCAGGAGCAGUUGUCAGGUAUUAUAGAAUUAAUACAAUUUCUGAGUAUUGAGUAUUGUUGCCUUCAAGGAUCUUCUGUACCUUGAACAAGACAGCUGGAAGUUUAAAUCAAGAGAGAUGUUACUUAAGGAAGGCAAAGAUGUUAAUUGGUUUGCUUACAUACAACUUACACAUAAAUUUAAUCAAAAUGAGAGAAAUCCAGCAAUAAGGACUGGAGAAAAUGAAUUUUAUUUAGAGUUGUGUAAAGACAAGGGAUGCUCUCAGCCUCAGGGGAAGGCAAUGGCAAACCUCCUCUGAACAAAUCUUGCCAAGAAAACCCCAUGAAAGGUUUGCCUUAGGGUCACCAUAAGUCAGAAACAACUUAAAGGCACACAACAGCAACAAUAAAGGUGGGGAACAUGUAAUUUUAAAAGUGGAUAAAUGGCUUUUGAAAUUAGAGGCAAAAGAUGAAUCUGUAAAAGAGUAAGGUGGCUCCAAAAUUUGGGGCAUAAUAUUCAAAUGGAUGUAUGGGAAAAAUGUGGUCUACAGAUAUAAAAUUUACUUUGAGCACCAAUUUAAAAGAAAACCUGCAUAAGAUGAUGCAUAGAUAGUACUUAAUGUUUCAAACCUGGAUGUCAAAACCAGGAUAGUUCCUCCUUUCAUAUGUGGUGGACUUGUAAGAAGGUGGAAAGCUAUUAGUCUGAGAUUUAUAUGAUAAUUCAAAAAAUUCUAAAGGUAGAUUUUGUAAUGCUACCAGAAAUGUUUCUGUUGGGCAUUAUGGAUCAAGAACUGGAUAAUUAAUACAGAUUACUUCUUCAAUACAUGAUAACAGCAGCAACAUUAUUGUUUACACAAACUUGGAAACAGACUAAGGCACCAAUGAUGGAAGAAUAGACUGUUAAGGUUGCUGAGUUAACCCACAUUGCCAAAUUAAUGUGGAUUCUAAAGGAUAAACCAACUGACUUAAAAAAAAAGAUUGGGAACAGUUUAUGGAAUUUUUGAACAAUAAGAAAUCUAACAAUGAAUAAUCUUUGGUAAAGGUUAUUAGUAAUUUUAUUCGAAUUAUUUAGCUGGAUCUGUAAUAAUGAACAAUAUCUUUUAAAUCUUUGUUUAUUUUCAUUUUCAUUGCAGUUAGGAUUGGGGAGUCAGAGUCCUACUGUGUUCCAGUUACUUAUUUUUUCCUUAUUUUAUUCCCCCCCCCCUUUGUUUCUUUAUUAUUGUCUCUCUAUAUUUUCUGAAUGUAUAUCAUUUAGUUUGAUAGUAUACUAAAUUGUUAGUGUUAAAAAUCAACAAAUAGAUGAAUUAAAAAAAACACACCAAAUAUUUAACAACAGGGCAAACCAAGCUGAUUGUUUUAAGAGCUAGGCUAUUAUAGAAUUAAUACAAUUUCUAGCUAUUGUUGUUGUGUGCCUUCAUGUUAUUUCUAACUUAUGGCAAUCAUAUCAUGGAGUAUUUUUGGAAAAAACUGCUCAGGGGAAGUUUGGCUUUACCUUUCUCUAAGACUGAGAGAGUGCGGUCUGCCCAAGGUCACCCAGUGCAUUUCCAUGACUGAGUGGGGAAUUGACUCAUCACCUGGAAACUUGAAGAUAUGUUUUGGAAACUCCCACUGAAUGCUCAUUUUGAAUGGCCUCAGACAUUUUGAGUGGCCUCACAUAUUUUUAACCAAUAAAAUAUUUUCAGUUGUG